AUGGGCCCGCCCCACGCCCCCUACGCGGACAGACCCAACUGGGACCACCUCAAACUCUACACGCUUAACGCGAGAGGCCUCAACUCUCCUCAUAAACGGGCCAGAGCGUUACGGGAACUCAGAGCACUGGGAGUGUCGAUAGCCUUCUUCCAGGAAACCCAUUUUCACGCACCACAGGCCCCGAAGUUCUCCAACAAACACUACCCCAACGGCCACUUCGCGCACAACCCCUCGACCAAAUCUAAGGGAGUAGCCAUACUAUUCUCAGCAAACACCCAGUUCCACCUGGAAGCAGAAGUAAGAGACACGGAGGGCAGAUAUCUCUUUAUUAAGGGGAAAAUAGGCAACUCCACACUCACGUUUGCAAACCUGUACCUCCCAAACAAAGGCCAGAAACCGUUUCUGGCCUCGGCCCUCAGAACCCUAGAAGAAUUCGGUGAAGGCACAAUCAUAAUUGGAGGAGACUUCAAUGCCCCCCUAGACCCCAAAAUGGACACGUCCAAAGGCGCAUCUACGAUACCAGGACACAUCCUCAGAGGAAUGAGGACUCUCCUCUCAAAUCACCAAUUUACAGACACCUGGCGCAUCCUACACCACACAGACAGAGAUUUCACCUACUACUCAGCACCACAUAGAUCCUACUCAAGGAUAGAUUAUUUUUUCACCCAACACAGAGACCUAGACACGCUGCUAGCAGCCCAAAUAGCGCCUAUGACCUGGUCAGACCACGCACCAGUAAUCAUCACCAUAGAACACCCCAAGCCCUUAAAACCGCAAUGGACGUGGAAAUUAAAUGAAUCGCUCCUGGAAGACCCACUAAUCCAAACAGACGUACGCUCCGCUCUAGAACACUUCUUCCUCACCAACAAGACACCUGACUCCACGCCGCCUACAAUAUGGGAGGCGCAUAAAUGCGUCAUUAGAGGGAUCCUUAUCAAACAUGGCACCCGCCUGAAAAAACAACGUACACAAGAAAUUGCACACCUUGUCACCCAGGUGGCCCAACUGGAAGCAAAACACAAACACACCCUUCAUGACGCCACCUAUAAACAACUUCUGGAGACUAGAGCGAAACUCAACUCUCGGUUACAAUCAAAGAUCCAAUUCCAGUUCCAACUCGCAAAAAAAACAUUUUACGAAUUCGGAAAUAAAAGUGGCAAACUAUUAGCCAGAGCACUGAGAGCGCGCAGGAAAAAAUGCCACGUCCAAAAGAUCACAGCAGCAGGGACACACAUGCUCACACCCAAAGCCAUAGCAGACGGCUUCCGACAAUACUACUCCUCCCUAUAUUGCUUACCUCUACACACUUCGCGAACAAACUCCACAGAAGCAACCUUCAUAGCUCGUCAGAAAGAAUAUAUAGCGCAGAACCUGACUUCCAAGCUCCCGCCCCGGGCC